AAAGAAGAAAAACACCGUGGCCACUAGGUGAAGAAAAUGGCCGACGUGGAAAUGGACAUACAAAGCGAGAGGCUGAAUAAUGGGAAAGAAGAUUUGGAGAGCUCACAGAAGAGUGGGAAUGAGAACAGCGAAGUGUCUGAAGAGGAGGAGGAGGGCACGGCACCAGAGGAGAUAAAUGGGGGGAACCGGGACGAAACUUCCAAACAUCACAGUGGCCGCAAACACAAGAAAAAGAAACACAAGCACCGCAGCAAGCACAAAAAGCAUAAACAUGGAUCUGAGGCAGAGAAGGAGCACAAGCGCAAACACAAACACAAACAUAAGAAGCACAGGCGCAAAGAGGGGACACCACCCCCUUCGGGAGCCAUUGACAGGAAGGCUGACGAUGUAUCCCCUUCUUCUGAGAACCCAAAUGUCGAUGACCGGGCUUUGCUGGAGGACUUGGAGAAGCAGCGAGCUCUGAUCAAAGCUGAGUUGGACAGCCAGCUGAUGGAAGGUAAGGUUCAGUCAGGAAUGGGCCUUAUUCUGCAGGGCUAUAACUCAGGCUCUGAAGAGGAUGCAGAGAGACAGAGGCCCCGAAAUGGAGAGCAGUGCCAGAAAGGCAGUGUGGGGAAAACACGCUCACCAAGGGACCAUAGCAGCAGGGGUGGCAAAGCCAGACAGGACUUGCCGGACAAUAAAACGAGCACAAAACGCCACAGCCGUUCUACAGAGAAAGACAGGGCAGCAAGGGAGAGCAGAGGCAGCCGGUUGAGUAAUAGUGGGAAAGAGAUAGCCAAGGAGUGCAGUAGACCCACAGACAGGAGCUGUUCACGGAGCCAGAACCGAUCUCGUGAGAGAGUCAAGAAAUCGCAGUCUCCAUCCAGCAAGAGGCGCUCAGAAGAAAGAAAACCCGAGCAAAAGGGGUGCUCGUCUGAGGUAAAGGAGGUUCGAACAGAAACGCACCCCUCUCCCCGUGCAGAGGAAAGAAGGACUACUCAGGAGCAGGGCAGGCAGCGUUCAGAUUCACCAGCACACUCGCGUAAUCGGACGUCUCAUUCCAAAGAUGGCCGCUUGGAGGCAGAUAGGGACAAGAGGCCUGGCAAAUCACCUUCCAAGGAUGCCUCGUCUGGAAAGGAGAACCGCUCGCCACGUUACAGGCGGGCAUCGGAUUCACAGUGCUGUCGAAGUUCUUCCACCCACCGGAGGGAGCGCCAGUCCCGUCAGGCAGCAUCAUCUGGAUCCAAACAGAGCUACUCUCCUUCCAGGCACCGGUCCCCUGCAAGGAGGGGCCACAGUCGCUCAGCUGAUCGCAGAAGAGUCUCGCCAUCUCGGUUUACCGUCCAAACGAGAUCACAUGGGAUUACCUUUCACAGGAAACGCUCCCGUGUAGAUGGAACUGGAAGGUCAUACGAGACUAGCCCAGCACGACGAAGGGUCAGCCGCUCGCCACUCAGACGACGGUCUCUGUCCCCACGGCGACAAUCACGCCCUUCACCGAGAAGACGGAGUCGAUCCCCUUUUAGACGAAGGUCUGACGAGAGGGAUCGGUUCGGCUACACCAGGGCUCGUCGCUCCACGUCCAGAGAACGUGAGCGCAGGAAAAGGCGGAGCCGAGACGAGGACAAGUACAAGGGGAGUCUGUCGGAGGGUAUGAAAGUGGACCAAGAUUCUUCCUCGGACGAUGUAAUGGAAGAUUUUGAUGCCGAAGAGGAGGAUGAGGAGGCUCUGAUUGAAAAGCGACGGCAGCAGCGACUAGCAAUAAUGCAGAAAUACAGGACAGUAAAUGAGGACAGCAAUAUAGGCUCAAUGGCAUCAGAGCCGAGCAGUCCCCAGAGCAGCACGCGCAGUCGCUCUGCCUCACCAGACGACAUCCUGGAACGCGCUGCUGCUGACGUUAAGGAGUAUGAGCGUGAAAAUGUGAACACCUUCGAGGCCAAUGUGAAGGCCAAGCACAACCUCAUUGCCCAAGAGAAGGAGGGAGCCAACCCAAAGAAACCCUCUGCCCCUGACAUGUUUACAGAGUCGGAUGACAUGUUCGCUGCAGAUUUUGAUAGUGCCAGGCUCAGGGCUGUUGGAGUCGGCAAAGAUUUUAAGGAAAACCCAAAUCUGAGAGACAACUGGACUGAUGCUGAAGGAUACUAUCGUGUGAACAUCGGUGAGAUGCUGGAUAAGCGCUAUGAUGUCUAUGGCUACACAGGGCAAGGUGUAUUCAGCAAUGUGGUCCGAGCCAGAGACACUGCCCGUGCUGGCCAAGAAGUGGCAGUCAAGAUCAUCCGUAACAACGAGCUCAUGCAAAAGACAGGGCUGAAGGAGCUGGAGUUUCUGAAGAAGCUUAAUGAUGCUGAUCCAGAUGAUAAAUUCCAUUGCUUGCGCCUCUUCAGACAUUUCUACCAUAAACAGCAUUUAUGUCUGGUGUUUGAGCCUCUUAGUAUGAAUCUUCGUGAGGUCUUGAAGAAGUAUGGUAAAGAUGUAGGUCUUCACAUUAAGGCAGUUCGUUCCUACAGCCAGCAGCUCUUCUUGGCCUUAAAGCUUCUGAAGCGCUGUAAUAUUCUACAUGCUGACAUCAAACCAGACAACAUACUGGUGAACGAAUCGAAAACCAUCCUCAAACUGUGUGAUUUUGGUUCAGCCUCCCAUGUUGCUGAUAAUGACAUUACGCCUUACCUGGUCAGCAGGUUCUAUAGAGCUCCUGAGAUCAUCAUCGGGAAGCCGUAUGAUUAUGGAAUUGAUAUGUGGUCAGUAGGUUGCACUCUAUACGAGCUUUAUACAGGAAGGAUCUUGUUUCCUGGCUCCUCCAACAACCAUAUGAUCAAACUGGCCAUGGACCUUAAAGGAAAGAUGCCCAAUAAGAUGAUUCGGAAGGGUUUGUUUAAAGAUCAACAUUUCGACCAGAACCUAAACUUUCUGUACAUAGAAGUGGACAAAGUGACUGAAAGGGAAAAAGUGACCGUGAUGAGCACUAUUAACCCCACUAAAGACGUGCUGGCAGACCUGAUCGGUGGCCAGAGACUCCCAGAAGAGCAGAGAAAGAAAGUGAUGCAGCUGAAGGAUCUGCUCGAUGGCACCCUGAUGUUGGACCCUGCUAAGCGCAUCAGUAUAAACCAAGCCCUGCAACAUUCAUUCAUUCAGGACAAAAUCUGACCUUUUUUUUUUUUUUUUUUUCCCUGUGUUUCACAAGUGACUUUUUUUUUUUUUUUUGGCCUUCCACUGGAAGUGCCAUGGCCUGCAAGCUCUUCUCCUGAAUAUCUACCAUCCUAUAAAAGUUUAGUUCUGAUCCCAUUUUCUAAUUUUCCUGUUUUGUUAAUUGAAUAUAAAUGGAUGGAUGGAUGGAUGGAUGGAUGGAUGGAUGGCUAUGUUGGAUAUGUUAAAUGGAUGGAUGGAAGAGCUGAGCUCUUCAGGAAGCAGAUAAAAAAAACCAGAGGGUUAUUAACCGCAGCACUGGAGUUGGAUUGAACCAACAAAGUACAGUAUAUCUUAAAAUGUUCUGAACCAUUGGAGAACUUUUUUUUUCUUUUGUUUUAUAAGCAUUUGUUGAUUUGCUCAUUCCAUUCUUUGAAUGAAGUGGUUUUUAUUGUAAAUAAUCCAUAUAUAAUUACAUGUUGUUCAGACGAGACUGAGGGUUUUUUCUGCAAUUAAGUUUUGAUUUAUCCUAUUUAAACUGUGGAUGUUGUCUGCGAAAACUUGGUGGGAACACCAAUAAGGCCUUGUUUAUAUUUGACAUUUGAAUAUGCAUGCACACGUGCAAGCAGGUUGAAAAAUGAAAAUGGCAUUGUUCGUAUACUUGCUUGCAUUCCCUAUGUACAUCUGGAAGAUUAAAAGCAACAUCCACUAGAUUACAUGCCAUAGACGAAAUAUCCUCCUCUGACAGGAUUGUAUGUGGGUUCAUACAAUAUCUAACGAUUUCAUGUCUGUUCUGGGACACAUUUGUCUGUGAGCUGCAGCAAGAUAAUGUCAAACACAAGGAAGACCACCAUUAGGUUCUCUUUAAACCUUUCUACUGUUGUCAUAUAUCUUGAAUCAGAAACUGAUUUUACAUUCAAAAGCAUUUUCUAAUCUAAAACAGCCACAUAUUGGUAGGCAAAGCACUGGUAGGUUCGAAAGCUAUGAGGUUACUGAAAUCUAGUGGGAAUUGGUUAGUGUGUAAACAAUGUAUAAUUAUGCAGUUGAGCUGUAGUUUUAGUUCGCAGAAGACUUUGCAUUAUAGUGUGCUGCGUUGCGACUAUUUAUGUUCCUGCACCACAAAAAGAAAUGAUGCGCUGAGUGAACAGAGGAUCAAAAUAACCAAAUUAAGUACGAAGGAUUGCUGCUAUUCUAGUCCAAAAUUUCAUUCUAGUGAUACAAUUUGUGAAGUGGUUUUGUUGAGCAAUCUAUAUAGCAUUUUUAAUAAGGCCAGUAGCUUACAGCAUUUCCUUCAUGUUGGUUAUCACUAGCAUCAUUCCUGUGGGUAAUCUAUUAACAACAUCAGCAAAAUAGUAAGAGAACUUUCAUAUGGUCUUGGGUGGAAUGUCAAAAGCUCUUUCACACAGUUCAAAACUUUUUGUCUAAAAUUCAGAAUGUCUUUUAUUCAGUACCUCAAAUCCUAUGGUACUGCUGAAAAGACUGACAGAGAGCACCAAAAACUUAUACUAGUGCAUCUCAAGCAAUUAGAAUAUCAUGAAAAAGUCCAUUUAGUUUAUAAUUUAAUUUAAAAAGGUAAACUUUUCAUAUAUUCUAUAUUCAUUACAUGUAAAGUGAAUAUUUCAAGCCUUUUUUGUUUUAAUUUUGAUGAUUAUGGCUUAUAGCUCAUGAAAAUCAGAAAUCCAGUAUCUCAAAUUAUUAGAAAGGAUUUACAAUACAGAAAUGUCCAACUUCUGAAAAGUAUGUUCAUUUAUACACUCAGUACUUGGUUGGGGCUCCUUUGCCACAAAUUAUUGCAUCAGUGUGGCACUGCUGAGGUGUUAUUGAAGCCCAGGUUGCUUUGAUAGCAGACUUCAGCUCAUCUGUAUUUUAGGGUCGGGUGUUUCUCAUCUUCCUUUUGACAAUAGCCCAUAGAUUCUCUCUGGGGUUCAGGUCAGGCGAGUUGGCUGGCUAAUCAAGCACAGGAAAUCAUGGUCAGCAAACUGUUUGGUAGUAGGCACUGUGGGCAGAUGCUAAGUCCUGCUGGAAAAGGAAAUCAUCUCCAUAAAGCUUGUCAGCAGAUGGAAGCAUGAAGUGCACUAAAAUCUCCUGAUAGAUGGCUGUGUUGACUUUGGACUUGAUAUAAAACAGUGGACCAACACCAGCAGAUGACAUGGCACCCCAAAUCAUCACAGCAGAAACUUCACCCUGGACUUCAAACACCUUGGAUUCUGUACUUCUCCACUCUUCCUCCAGACUCUAGGACCUUGAUUUCCAAAUUAAAUGCAAAAUUUACUUUCAUCUCAAAAAGAGGACUUUGGAUCACUGAGCAACAGUCCAGUUCUUUCUCAAUAGCCCAGGUAAGAUGCUUCUAACAUCUCUGGUUUGGGAGUGGCUUGAUAUUAGGAACGUGACAGUUGUCGCCCCUUUCCUGAAGACAUCUGCGUGGUGGCUCUUGAUACGCUGACACCAGCCUCAGUCCACUCCUUGUAAAGCUCUCCCAAGUUCUUGAAUCAACUUUUCUUGACAAUCCUCUUAAGGCUACAGUCAUCCCUGUUGCUUGUGCACCUUUUCCAGCCAGCCUUUUCAGCAAUGAUGAUCUGUUCCUUACCCUCCUUGUGGAGGGUGUUGAUUGUCUUGUGGACAACUGUCAAUCAGCAGUCUUCCCCAUAAUUGUGGUUGUGUGUCCUGAACCAGACCGAUAGAUAUACGGUAUUUAUACUGUUUUACUCAAGCUCGAAAUGAAAUACUCUAAUUUUGAGGAGGGGUUUGUGCUGUAGUCUAUAAUUAUCAAAAUUUAGAGAAAAAUGCUUGAAACAUUUUAGUUUGUGUAAUGAGUCUAGAAUAUAUUAAAUUUUCACGUUCUUAAAUGAUUGAUGGAAAGUAUUGAACUUUUUCAUGAUAUUCGAAUUGUUUGAGAUGUACUGCUUGCUGAUUAGGGUGGAGUGGUGGGGUCAAUACAGACUUUUCCUUUUUUGCACAAUAUAUCACGAUAUUAAGGUGUGCUAAAAAGGUGGCAACAAAACAAGUGCAACGUUGAAAAACCCUUCAAGAAUGAUUAUACUUUUAUUUAACAUCUACAAAACCCGAUUAACGCAAAACAUGGUGAAAAAAUGCAUUCGGCACAAAAUAUUUUUUAUCGGAACAAAGUGUAUUGUUUCUAAUAAAUGACAUUGAUAUUAAGUCAUAUCACCCAGCCCUUUUUUUUAAUUCUUAUGAUGUGCAUCUCAGUUUCAGAACAGUAUUGUAUAUAAGAUUCUUCCUACACAAUACAAGUCUCUCUCAGGUGCCUUAACUGGCAUCUAAAACUUGGCACCCUCAUGCUCUUUUUACAUCACUCUGUCUGAUGCGUUCUGAGAAGCUGUUUGUGAGAUGUAUUUACAAGAACACAUUUUCUGAGUGACCACCAUUCAAAGAAUUCAGUAAUUUCAAAGGUCAUGGUCUUGAGAUAAGUAUGAGAUACUUAUUCCUUAUUUAAGUUUUUGCUGAUCUUGGUGUUUUUACACAGCCCUGUAUUAAGACUUUCUUUGGUUAUUGAAAUGUGCACCAUCUGCACAAUAGCUAUUUGUUUUAGCAAAGAAAGUGUUUGGCUGUUUGCUGGGGCAUGGGGGAAACACUGCUGUACUGUUCAAUGUUUGUGUGAUACCUAUGCAGACUAUGCAUCUUUUAAUUUGAUCCACAGCAGUGGUCUAAUCCUUGAAGGCUGAUAUGGGUCAAAUCUCUACACAAUAUCAAUCCUAUUACUUGAUCUUACUGGUAAGGGUUUCAUCAUUCCAGUAUGCACACUGACCAGGCAGAAGUGUAAUUAUCCCCUGCAAUUCUUUUUAUAUAGCAUGUUAUUGCUAAACAGACGUAUUCUCAGAAUUGGAUGCAUGAUUUUAAAAUUUACAAUGGUUAAAUCUCACAUCCUGCAAAUCAAUCUUGGUUGAGGAGAGAGAAAUUAUUUAAAAAAUGAAGCCUUGUGUUUUGGCAGCUAUCUAAUUUCAAAAUGUCUUUCAGGCAUCAACUGCUGACGCAUCCAGCAAGAGGCUUUCAGAUACCACUGGCGUUUGUGCUGUAAAUAUUUCUUGGUUUUGUUUGCAAUGUGUCACUGUUGUACACACAUCAAAUGAUUUUUAGAAAAAUGCUGACCGUGGAAGACUGGGCCGUGAACGGAAAUAAAAUACAGUAACUUGA